AUGGCCGCCGCCGAGGUGGACCCCAGCCCCAACCCGGCGCCCACCACGGCCUCCGACCUCCCCAACGGAAGCAAAACCAAGGCGCGGGAGGCCGACCGCCGCCGCCGCCGCCGCAAGGCCAAGAAGAACAAGUCCGCCGCUGAGGCCGAUGCCCAGGAUGCGGACGGGGGAGCUUCUGGCUCCGACGCCAAGGAGAACGCCGAUCCCAACCCCGAGCCCCAGGUAGAGGUGGAGAUAGAGUACGUGCCGGAGAAGGCCGAGCUGGACGACCCUCUCCUCGAUGACUUCAAGGCCAUCUUCGAAAAGUUCACCUUCAAGGACGCUGCCGCAGCAGCGGCCGAGGAUGAUAAAAAAGAUGAGGGUGCCACUGAUGCCACAAAGAAGGGCUCAGAUGACGACGACGACGAAGACGAUGAGCAGGAGGCAAACAAGAAGAAGGAAGGAGGGCUGUCCAAUAAGAAGAAGAAGCUGGAGCGCAGGAUGAAGAUUGCAGAACUCAAACAGAUAUGCAACAGACCUGACGUUGUAGAGGUCUGGGAUGCAACUGCUGCAGAUCCAAAAUUGCUUGUAUAUCUCAAGGCAUACAGAAAUACAGUACCUGUCCCUAGGCACUGGUCUCAAAAGCGCAAGUUCUUGCAGGGGAAGAGAGGUAUUGAGAAACAGCCUUUCCAGCUUCCUGACUUCAUUGCUGCAACUGGAAUAGAAAAGAUAAGACAGGCUUAUAUUGAGAAAGAGGAUAGCAAGAAGUUGAAACAGAAACAGCGGGAGCGUAUGCAGCCCAAAAUGGGCAAAAUGGAUAUAGAUUAUCAGGUUUUGCAUGAUGCGUUCUUCAAAUAUCAGACAAAACCCAAGUUGUCUAGUCAUGGUGAUCUGUAUUAUGAAGGCAAGGAAUUUGAGGUUAAACUGAGGGAAAUGAAGCCAGGCAUGCUGUCUCGUGAGCUUAAAGAUGCUCUUGGUAUGCCUGAUGGUGCCCCUCCCCCAUGGCUUAUAAACAUGCAGCGCUAUGGUCCACCUCCAUCUUAUCCCCAACUGAAGAUCCCAGGUCUAAAUGCCCCAAUCCCCCCUGGUGCCAGUUUUGGUUAUAGACCAGGGGAGUGGGGAAAGCCACCAGUUGAUGAGCAUGGACGUCCACUCUAUGGAGACGUUUUUGGUGUUCUGCAGCAGGACGAACCUAACUACGAUGAUGAACCUGUUGAUCGCAGCAAACACUGGGGAGAUUUGGAGGAAGAGGAGGAGGAAGAAGAGGAAGAGGAGGAGGAAGAGGAAGAACCAAUGGAAGACGAGGAAAUGGAAGACGGAAUUCAGUCUGUCGAUACUAUCUCAAGUACUCCAACUGGUGUUGAAACACCUGAUGUUAUUGACCUUCGGAAGCUGCAGAGGAAGGAGACUGAGAAGCAGGCAGAACGACCAUUGUACCAGGUUCUUGAACAAAAGGAAGAAAGGAUCGCCCCUGGGACACUGUAUGGGUCAAGCCAUACGUAUGUGCUGGGAACACAAGAUAAAUCAUCAGCUCCGAAAAGGGUGGAUCUGCUUAAGAAUCAAAAGUCAGACAAGGUGGACGUCACCAUCCAACCUGAGGAACUGGAAGCCAUGGAUGAUGUUUUGGCAGCCAAGUAUGAAGAAGCGCGAGAGGAAGAGAAGCUUCGCAACCAAAAGGAGGACUUCAGUGACAUGGUGGCGGAGAAUGCUCACAAGAGGAAGCGGAAGCAAGAGAAGGAAGGCAAGUCGAAGAAGAAGGAAUUCAAGUUUUAA